UAUUGGGAUAGAUAGAUACAUAGAUUGAGAUAGAUUUUGAGAUAGAUAGACAUAGAUGGAUGGAUAGGUACAUAGAUUGAGAUAGACAUGGAUGGAUAGGUAAUUUAGAUGGAUGGAUAGAUUAUUGAGAUAGAUACAUAGAUAAGAUAGAGAGAUAGAUUCUUGUUUUACAUAUAGUCUUGUUUGACAUUCUUUAUUUACAUAUACAGAUAUAUAUAUAGCCUGGCCUAUAUAUUUUCCUCCAGCGCAAGCCCUGCCUUUAAAGCCUCUCAGGGGCUGGGGCCUUUGGCUCGGGGAAGUGGCUUCAGCGCCUGGAUCUGGGUCCCCUUUGCCUGCCUUUGCGCUGCGGAAACGGUGCGCUUUGUCCGGCUUUAACCGCCCGGGCGCCUGGGGUUCGUCCUUCUGUCUGUAAAGAAGGCUUAAGUAUCUCUAGGAUGGAGCCGGGGCAGUUCAAGCAUCGCAGAGGACGGUCUAGCCGCUGAACGACAAGUAGCUGUAUGGCAACUCUAUGGCGCGAGCGCGCUGUGACGCGCCGGAAGUUCCUCGGCGCCGCGGCCCUAGCAACGGCGUCCCUAGCAACCGUAGGCCCGAGCCUGCGAGGAGGAUGCAGACGGAGCGCGUGGAGCCGCUGUCUCUGCCUCGCGGGCGGAGGCUCUUCUGCGAGCUCUGCCUGGGCCCAGCCACCGUCCGCUGCGGCGCCUGCGGGGUCACCUACUACUGUGAGGUGGAGCACCAGAGCGCCGACUGGAUCAGCGUCCAUGAGAAGAUCUGCCAGCUGCUCCUUCCGCUGCGGACGGCAUCGCCUUUUUACAAUUCGGUGAAGGAGAGAAAACACGGCCAGGAGCAAAAGAUAAGCAGAGAGAGGUUUCUGGCAGAGUUUACAUACACCAUCGCCCAGAAUUACCUGUUUGAAGGCAAACAUGAGGAGGCCAUCCCAGCCUCUCUGCACUCUCUCAAGUUCAGCAUCAGCGUUUAUGGCUCAGAUUCUGUGGAAUUGGUGCCGGCGUACCUCAUCUUGGCCGAGGCAAGCCUAGGCCUUGGUCAUGUCUCCCAAGGAGAGGAAUACCUUUCACAAGCUCUCUGGAUUGUCCUCAAGAACCCUAACUGCAACAGUGCUAUUCAGUCAAAGCUCCAUCGUAACAUGGGUCUCCUCCAUGCUGCCAGGGGGAACUUUGACGACUCUCUGUACCAUCUGGCUAAUGAUAUAUACUUUGCCUCCUGUGCUUUUGGGACAAACAAUGUCGCUACAUCAGGAGGUUAUUUCCACAUGGCCAACGUUUUUCUCCGUAAGAACGUAGUGGACGUUGCAAAUUCCCUCUACGCUGAGGUUGUUGAUAUUUGGCACAAGCACUUCAGCCACUUGAUCGACCUGCGCUAUCAGGCGAUGACGACCCCGGCUCAGCUUGACAUAUUUGCUACUGAAGAACAGGAGCCCGCCGAAAAGACCCUGGAUGAGCAGGAACAAUCUGAAGCGACUCAGAUGUUAAACGCCAUCUUAGAAAUCGAAGAGCAGUCCUCAAAACCACAGCUGGCCAGGAUAGUCAAAGUGGUCCAUGCUCUGGCUAUGCUUCACUACUUGAUCCUGGAUCUGCCAAAGGCUCAGGAACUUGUGGCGAGAGUUCAACGAAUGAUGAAGCAACUGCCCAAAGCAGCACCCAAUGAGUCCCUUCGACACUUGGUCAAACUGCUGAAAGCCAAACCCAUUUAUGCCAAAUAGGAGCCCUCUGCAACUACUUCUCAUUCACAUGUGGAGACGCAUCAGCUGGAAAAGUCCAUAUCCUGACGUUUAUGCCACACUGAAAGACUGGGUCGGCCACAUGGUGCAAAACCAGUAACUCUAAAAAGGUUAUGCAAGCAAGCCAAGUUGCAUAGUGAAAGACGACAGACAAGGACUGUGACUGCUGCUGCAUUGUAAAGGUUUGGACAGAAGUGAGAGAGAUCUGUCAUUUAUGUAUCCAGCGUUCUUAGCUCCACAGUUGUGGUAUAGGGUUAUCCAGUGAAGAAAUGUACAGCUAUAAAAAUUAAAUGACACUUUCUUAGUUUUCA